CGGCGCUUCCUGGGCGGCGGGCCGCGCCCGGGCCCUCCCUCCUGCCGCAGUCAAUGAGGAGGCAGCGGCCGCGGCCGGGCGCCGCACUCGCCGGGGGCAGCGCGGCAUGGCGGGGCGCUGAGGGAGCGCGGCAGCGAGGGGCGGCGGCGUGCACCGGCACCCGGCCCCACCGCGGCAUGGGCAGCCGCGGGGUCGUGCGAUGAGCGCUCCCCCGGCGGCUCCCCCCCGCGCGAAUAUGGGCACAGCCGUGUCCAAAAGGAAGACGCUGAGGAACGAGGCCAUGUCGUCGGUGGCGGCCAAAGUGAGAGCGGCAAGGGCUUUUGGAGAAUAUCUUUCACAAAACCAUCCUGAAGGUAGAAACGGCUCAGAUCACCUGUUGGCAGAUUCCUACAUCGGACAGGAGGACUCCCCUGAGAUGCAGCAGGCAGCACAGAACAAGCGCAGGCUCUCUGUCAUCUCAGACGGCAAGUUUGAGAGGAGCUUCUCCGAGGAGCAGGCAGAGAAAAUGCCAAGCGAGGGACCGAAGCCACGAGUCUACACGAUCUCCGGCGAGAGGCCGAUGCUGUCGGACCAUGAGAAUGAAAGUAUGGAACUGGUGGUGAUGAAGGGGGCUGCCCAAGAGGAAUGCCACCAUGGCCACCAAGUGCACAGCGCUGGCAGCUCUCACGGCAUUAGCAGGCAUUGUAAGGGCUGGCCAGGCAGCCGGCAGGGCUCCAAGGAGUGCCCAAACUGCACCCGGCUGGCUGCCCCUUCCCAGCAUUCCUUUGACCUGGAGCAGCAGCAAUCUGGCGAGACUGGGUGGCACAGAAAAAGGCUGGAGAGGAUGUAUAGUGUCGAUCGAGUGUCUGAUGAUGUCCCCAUACGAACCUGGUUCCCAAAAGAGAACCUCUUCAGUUUUCAAACUGCUACUACAACUAUGCAAGCCAUCUCGGCGUUCAGGGGCUACGCAGAGAGGAAGAGACGGAAACGAGAGAAUGAUUCUGCAGCUGUUAUACAGAGGAAUUUUCGGAAGCACCUCCGCAUGGUGGGGAGCCGAAGGGUUAAAGCACAAACAUUUGCCGAACGGCGUGAGAGGAGCUUCAGCAGGUCCUGGAGUGACCCGACUCCCAUCAAAGCUGAUUCCUUCCAUGACUCUCGAGAAAGCCAUGACCUUCAGGAUUCCUGCGGCACUUUGGAUGGUGACUUUGACUUGAACUGGGAAGCAGAAAAGGAACUUGAAGCCAUGGCGUGUGAUGGAGAAGACUUUAUUCCACCAAAAAUAAUGCUCAUUUCUUCCAAGGUGCCCAAAGCAGAGUAUGUCCCAACAAUUAUCCGCAGGGACGAUCCCUCUAUCAUCCCCAUUCUCUAUGACCAUGAACAUGCCACCUUUGAUGACAUCCUAGAGGAAAUAGAGAAGAAGCUUAACAUUUAUCGGAAAGGUUGCAAAAUCUGGAAGAUGCUGAUAUUCUGCCAGGGAGGUCCUGGUCACUUAUACUUGUUAAAGAACAAAGUUGCCACUUUUGCCAAAGUGGAGAAGGAGGAAGAUAUGAUCCUCUUCUGGAAGAGGUUGAGCCGGCUGAUGAGUAAAGUCAAUCCUGAACCAAAUAUCAUUCACAUCAUGGGCUGCUACGUUCUUGGAAACCCCAAUGGGGAGAAGCUAUUUCAGAAUCUGAAAAACUUAAUGAAUCCUUAUAGGGUUGCCUUUGAGUCCCCACUUGAACUAUCAGCUCAAGGUAAGCAAAUGAUUGAGACUUACUUUGACUUCCGCCUUUACCGCCUCUGGAAGACCCGCCAGCACUCCAAACUAUUGGAUUACGAUGACAUUUUAUGAGCUGGAGAAGACUUUGCAAGAGGAAGUUGAUCACCGGUGUCCAAGAAGUCGUGCUUAUUGCAGAGAGACUUUUUUUAUUGGCACAGGGAGCCCUUCAAAGCCCUACAGGAGGCAGCAGUGCUAAAGGGAGGGAAGAAGGAGCCCUCGGAAGUGUGUCGGGGGGGUGAAAGUCUCCUGAGUCAAGAGAGACUGGAGGGAAAGGGUUUGACACCUCACUCGCCUCAGGUCAGAGCCGUGGUGUCUCAGGAGGAGCUGUGUGAAACGAGGACAGGAUGAAGUUCCUUGCAGAACUGAGCUGUUUUGGGUCAGAAUGGGCCAGAUUUAAUUCCAGGUCCUUUUAAAAGACUUUUGAAGCUCAGGUUUUCUUACAAAAAAAAAAAAAAAAAAAAUCAGUUUACCCGUGCACUACAGUGAAGAAGUGAGCAGAGCACAGGGGAAGGAGGGGUUUGUACUGAUGGGACCUUCUGUGCUGGAGAUCUUGGAGAGCAAGGACUGCUACACCUACUCCUGCAAGCUUAGAUCAAGACGAUCCAGUUUCAAUGUGAAUAUAUACUGGAAUAUAGAAUUGAAAUCUAACUCUUGUUUUGUUUUGUUUAAUAGAAAAUAAGUGCAAUUUUUAUAGCAAGAGGGGUAAAAUCCCUCCCAAUAUUUAAUUAGUUAAAAAUAACACACCAGUAACCAAUAGAUGAGGUAUUUUUGGUCUGCUUGAAAAUAUAUUCAGAAUGGUAAUAUAUCUUCUGUAGACAUAUUUAAUCACCAGCAAACAUGGGUUUAACAUAA